CCCAAAUGGUUCUGUCAUUUUAAUCAAACAAAAUAUGACUUCUCGAAACUUUAGUCGUCGCUGAGCCUUUGCUGUGAUCAUGUCGAAUUUGUACAACGAGUUGAAGAACGAGUGGAGCAAGCAUGCCCCCAACUUGGCCCAUUGCUCCCAUCUUCUAGAUGGUUUCAAAUUGGAGCUGGUGCGCUCCAACUUUGGAACAAUCCAAGUCCAGUCGAGUUCGAAGCAGAAGGACCAACUAAUGAAAUCCCGAGAAAUGCUGGAGAUUGCCGUGGAACACAGCAUUACUAUAAGGGACUAUGCCGCCUUCGAGAGGUACAUGUCUCAGUUAAAUACUUACUACUACGAUUACGAUAAGUAUUUGGAGUCUUCCAAGCACAUGCACAAGUUCAUGGGUCUGAAUCUGCUCUAUAUGCUGGCCACCAAUCGCAUUGCUGACUUUCACAUCGAACUUGAGCGUUUACCGUCGGCUUUGCUGCUCCACGAUAACUUCAUCAAUCCCGUUUUGGCCCUGGAGAACUACUACAUGGAGGGUAGAUACAACAAGAUACUGCAAGCCAAGAAGUCCAUGCCCUCGGAGAUCUAUUCGAAUUUCAUGGACAUGCUGGUGAAUACGGCUCGCGAGGAGAUAGCAUCCUGUAUGGAGAAGUCCUACCUCAAGAUGGCACCCAAACAGGCUGCCCAGCGUUUGGGACUUCGUCCUGGUUCCAAGGAGCUUUUGGAUCUGGCCAAAAGUCGUCAAUGGCAGCUCGAUGAGGAGGGGAACUACGACUACGCUGGACUCCAUACCAGACCAUCGGAGAGGGUUCCUGCCAAGGACAUUGCCACCCAUAAUCUCACCUAUGCCCAGGAGCUGGAAAAAAUUGUUUAAAAAUUUUCAUUAGUUCGAUUCUUAUUCUUAAUCCUGUCAACCAGAAAAUAAUGUCCAGAAAUUAUACAUUCGACUGAAACUCAGUAAAUACCGAACCG